GCUUGAAAUCUCAGCCGCGUAGCUUAUCUCGCUGCUGGAGGAAGAAUUGUACACUUUCUACAACACGGGCACUCCUCAUCUCCGGACCUCCCCUACAUCAAACCUUUGACGAAAGCUGAUGAAUUCUAGCCUCAUCCGCGAUGGAACCAAUCACCGCUUUCGGCCUGGCGGUCAACAUCGUUCAACUCAUAGAUUUCGGAGCCAGGCUGUUGCGCGAAGCGCAUGAGAUUCACCAGUCGAGCAGCGGUCACACCAUGGAGCACGCUGAACUUCGUCAAAUAUCUGAAGAUCUCCUGCGAAUGUGCGAUGAGGUUCCUUCCAUCGCGUCCAACCAAAGCUCCCACAGCCUCGUAGGCAUGGUGCCGGAAAUCAGCAAGAUAGCAGCUGAUACGAAGACGGCCGCAGGAGAUCUAAUUGCUGCCAUUGAAAGGCUGAAGCGCAAAAGCGGUUCCAAAAGCCGAUGGAAGAGCUUUCGUCAGGCCCUUGCUACGGUGUGGAGCCGAGACGAAAUCGAGAAGAUGCACGCAAGACUCAGGAACCUGCGCAGCCAACUUCAGUCGCAUAUGAUUACCCAUAUAUCGUCCGCUCAGGAGAGGCUUCUCCUUGAUUUCAAGAAAUUGAGAACCGAGUUGAGACGAAUGAACAUUCCGGGACCGGAAUCGGUUGAGGAUACCAUAGAGCGUCUUGAAAAGGUCCGCCUCGCUACACUGGAUAAAGAUGCCUUGAAAGAAAUUGAGAUGUCUCUGAGACGCUUUCGCACAAUGCGCGCAGAUGUCCAGAAGGAGUAUAGGAUCCUGCUUAGCCUGCGAUUCGAAGUUAUGUAUGAUCGUUAUUCCGCAAUCCCACAAGCUCACCAGAAGACGUUCGACUGGAUCUUUACGCCAGACCGUCUCCCUCCUUCAGAUCCUCGAUCCAGGAUAGCGUUCCGCGAUUGGCUCCAAAACGAUACUGGGGUUUUCUGGAUCACAGGCAAACCAGCGUCAGGGAAAUCAACAUUAAUGAGAUACCUCUGUGACUCUCAAAAGAGUAGGGAUUACUUGCUCUCUUGGGCCGGUAGUGCGAGGUUGGCAACUGCAGGGUUCUUUUUCUGGAUCGCAGGCUCCCAUUUACAAAGAUCCCAGCAGGGACUGCUCAGGCAGCUCUUGUUCGAAAUUUUACGCCAAUAUCGGGACCUCAUUCCGACCGUGUGCGAAGAUAGAUGGCUACACGAAGACUCCGCGACCGGGCAUGACUGGAUUGAUCGGCAUAACUGGAAGCCUUGGACACUCGAUGAAUUGCGCGAAGCUUUAGGGCGGCUACAGAAUCUGUCUCUGGAUACUAGAUUCUGUUUCUUCGUGGAUGGCCUCGACGAAUACGACGGAGACCAUUCUGAGCUGAUUGAAAUCGUCCGCAAACUCUCGGAACUUCCCGCUAUUAAGUUGUGCGUCUCCAGCAGGCGCUGGCCGUGCUUCGAGGAUGCAUUUGGGGCGGAUUCAAGCCGAAGACUUUACUUGGAAGAUCUGACUCGCGAGGACAUCACCACUUUCGCUCGAGAUAAAUUGAAGGAGGUACCUCAAUACGUUCAACUUCAGAAGCAGAGUCAGCAAAGUUUUGAUCUGGUUGAGGAAAUCGUUCGAAAAGCGGAAGGUGUAUUUCUCUGGGUUUUUCUGGUUGUGCGAUCACUUCGAGAUGGACUAUCGAACGGGGACUCUGCGGCCCUCCUGAGACAACGAUUUGACGAGCUUCCCGCUGAUCUUGAGUCGUUGUUCGAAAAAAUCAUCAAUUCUGUAGACGCAGUCUAUAGGAGGAAGAUGGCUGUAACCUUUCAGAUUGCUCUCCGGGCUCCAGGGCCCGUCAGCCUUCUAACUUACUGGCUUUUGGAUGAGGAGGAUGAUUGGACCAGGAAGAUGAUGGGACCACACCGUGAUGUCGAGGCGAACAGAACCAUUCCCGUUCAUGACGUGCCCGAGCUUGAGAGCAACAUGAGCAGGCGUCUUUACGGACGCUACAAAGGCCUGUUGGAACCGACUGGACGGCGCGGAAAACAACGAGUCAGCUUCCUUCACCGAACCGUACGCGAAUAUUUGGACACGAAGAGUGCUCACGAUAUCUUUGCGCUUCCUCGACUGGACUCCAAUACCAAAGCCUGCAAAGCGCUUACGGCAUACAUAGUACUGUAUGGUUCCAGCGGUGCGAUGCCCCAUUCCAGUGUGGAGUACUUCGUAAUGUUCGCUCGCUGGGCGGAAAUUCACGAGGAAUCAUUUGACUCCGCUUCGCUUGCGCUCAUGCAUGAAGGCGUAGCAAGAACGUUUGGCAGCUCAAUCUUGCUCCUGCAAGAGAUGAUUAGGUACGGAUACCUGCCAGGUCUACAGUACCUUCUUGCUCUCCACCCAGCGCUUCUGAAAGUCCACGGGCUAUCGCUGCUUGAAACGGCAUUGGAAGAGCCGCCUCAAACGGCAGCGAAAACGUUCGGAACUGACCAUACCGUUUCUGUGCUGGAUUGGCUAUUGAAAGCUGGAAGCCGAACCUAUCUUUCAGCGCAGAAGGACUUUUUUGCCGACUUCUUAUCCUGCGGCGUGCUCGGCCAACAUGAGGUAGAUUAUAGCAAUUUAUCCCCAUUGCCGAUGCGGUAUGAUAUCUGGGAAACGUAUCUCGAUGUUCUCCUUCACCACGGCUGGGACCUAAACCAGGCAUUUGAGAAUACUGGAUUGAUGGACGGCCUUCCAUGGCUUGGAUACGACCAGAAAUACCUACGAGAGUACGUAUUCGACUCCGAGUAUGAGCCCGACUCCGCCUACUUUACACGGCUGAUAAGCGUCUACUCUACACUCUUGGACCACGGCCUCGACCCGAAUCUGGACGUUCAUGUCGAUGGGCGGAUGCGUACGGUAUGGGGAGCAUGGCUGGAUCUUAUUUGGGAUCGAAAGUAUGACGGUGAAGAUAGGCUGUCUCAGGCGGCUAUUGUAGAAGUGAUGAAGACUUUCCUAUCGAAAGGAGCAUGCCCAUAUGAAGUCACCCGAUCUGGGUACACGGUUUGGGCUAGCAUGCAGGCCGCCCUCUCCCGAGAGUACAGAGAUGAGCUCGCUCCUGUACUGGAGAGUGCUAAGACGAAGUGGUCCGAAAUGCGGCAGUCUCGGGAGGCACGGAGCAUGAAGAGGGCAAGACCACUAUCGGACGACCCACAUCACGGAUAUCGACUGGGGAGAGAUGAUCGAGGAGGGACUUUUAAGAGGAGGGGGGUAUGACACGCUGAUGCGCUUGCUUUCCUGCUUCGUUGUUCCUUCUAACGGCCGAACGAUCGCUUUUGUCCAUUUUUGAUGGAAUUCACGGCCAGAUGUUCGACCUUCCAUCACCUCAUCCUUCCGGUUGGUUCCUAGCGGCGUUUGAAGAUCACAAGAGGGCGUCUCGAGUACCUUUCCCUGUCACGCGCUAGCUUUUCGAACACUUUCUGGCCUAGCUGAUCUUCAUCGCAUACGUCGCAGAACCAAAAAAAUAGGGAUCGAGUGGAAGACAGGCGUUCUGCUCUCGGGUUAGUAAUCAUCCAGCAAAGCUCGUUAACCA